UCCCCUCCUCCCUCUCCUCCUUCUCCCUUCCUUGCAGUGCGCUCACAGCCUGGGACUCGCAUCUCCGGCUCCGGAGCAGGCGUUCGAGACCCCUCUUUUCUCCUUUUGCCCCAUUUUUGCCUUUUUUCUGUCCCCCACCCCCCACGGCCAUGAGGCGCCCGACCCGCCGCCUGGCGCUGUCAGUGCUGGGUGUGCUCUGGAUCGCCGCUCUCCUCCUCCUCUUCUUCGGGGCGAGGAGGAAGCCGGAGACGGAGGGACCCGAGGGCCAAACGCCAGAGGGCUCGGAGGCGGACUGGGACGACCUGUGGGAUCAGUUUGAAGAGCGGAGAUACCUGAGCGCUCGGAAGUGGAAGGGCGGAGAGGACCCGUACCGGCUCCAUGCCUUUAACCAACGGGAGAGCGAGAGGAUGCCCAGUGACCGUGCCGUCCGUGACACCCGCCACCACAGGUGUACAACUCUGCGCUAUCGCCAGGAUCUCCCUCCCACCAGCAUUGUCAUCACCUUCCACAACGAGGCCAGGUCUACUUUGCUGAGGACUAUUCGGAGUGUGAUGAACCGCACCCCAGUGCACCUCAUCCAUGAAAUCAUACUGGUGGAUGACUUCAGCGACGAUCCUGAUGACUGCCGCCUGUUGGCCAAGCUACCCAAGGUGAAGUGCCUGCGGAACAGACAGCGUGAAGGUCUGAUCCGGUCCCGCAUUCAAGGGGCAGAUGUGGCUCAAGCAGGAGUCCUGACCUUCCUGGACAGUCACUGUGAGGUGAAUAAGGACUGGCUGCUCCCGCUGUUGCAGAGGAUCAAGGAGGACCCCACACGGGUGGUCAGCCCUGUUAUUGACAUCAUCAACUUGGACACUUUUGCCUAUGUGGCAGCUUCCUCAGAUCUCAGAGGCGGUUUUGACUGGAGCCUGCAUUUCAAAUGGGAGCAGCUUUCCCCAGAGCAGAAAGCCAAACGACUUGAUCCUACAAAACCCAUUAAGGUUGGUUCUACUUCCAGAGUCAUGCCAGGUGACGAUGUUAGCUGGGGCUUUGCUUUGAGUGCUCUGCAUGGUUUCCCUCACAUUCAUAGCUUGCCGUCUCAGAUGGAAAUCUCCUUCCGUGUGUGGAUGUGUGGAGGUAGCCUGGAAAUCAUCCCCUGCAGCCGUGUCGGACACGUCUUCCGGAAGAAACAUCCCUACGUCUUUCCAGAGGGGAACGCCAAUACAUACAUCAAAAACACCAAGCGCACUGCAGAGGUGUGGAUGGAUGAAUUCAAACAGUACUACUAUGCUGCCCGGCCCGCAGCCCAGGGGAGGCCUUAUGGAAACAUUCAGAGCAGAGUAGAGCUGCGGAAGAGGCUGAAAUGCCACAGCUUCAAGUGGUACCUGGAGAAUGUUUACCCUGAACUUCGGAUUCCUGAGGAACUGCUAUAUCAGACUGGGAUGAUCAGGCAAAGGCAGAGCUGCCUGGAGUCACACAAGUCUGAAGACCAAGAGCUGCCCAUCCUGAGCUUAAAUCCUUGUAUCACCAGCAAAGGCACAUCAGCAACAGCACAGGAAUGGACAUACACAUACAACCAUCAAGUCCGUCAGCAGCAGUUGUGCUUGUCUGUGUAUACCCUGUUCCCUGGCUCCCCAGUGCUCCUGUCACCUUGCAAAGAAAGCGACAACAAGCAGCAGCAAUGGGGUAAAGUUGGGUCACACCUUGAGCACAUAGCUUCACGCUUCUGUUUGGACACUGAGACCAUUGGGGACACAAACGAGAGCACCAAAGAACUCGUCAUCAACCCUUGUGAGAGCACAGCCAUGAGUCAGCGCUGGGACAUGGUGAUGUCUUGACCUGCUUGAGGACUUACCCAGCUGGGCUGGGCACUGAGACUUGCUACACACAGUCAAGAUGCACCAGAUAGAGCUCAAAUGCAAAACCAUUGGGGAGAGGAAACAAUCAAAUAAAAGCACAGUGCUGCGGGUUGAAGAACAGACACUGAUUGCAAGGCACGUAGGCGUUACUGGUCUGCUGGCAGUUGUGUGUUCCAAAAGAAAGGAUGGCAAGAAACCAAAAUGAAACGUUUUAGAGGGACACUGGGGCUCCUGUGAUGGGCCCUGCAGAAGUUAAGUGUCUAUAGUAUUUAUUAAUCUCACUGAAAGAACAGAUAGAAGAGCCUUGAAGACCCAAAGGAGACUUGGACUCAGCAAAACAAGCAUCUUUCACAGCUUUGGGGGGCGAGGCAAGUGCAUGAGGAGGGAUGUGCCAGGGGAUGCUAAGAUAUUUCACUUGGGAACAAGUAGAAAACGUUGAGUUAUAUUGCACUUUUUAUUGCUGUGAUUGAGUUUGUCUUCUGAUAGGAGUCUGGGUGGAGCUGUGUUGUACAUUCAGAUCUGUAUGUGAUCUACAGAUACAUAUAGACACAGAACAGUCAUUUAUGGCUAUAGCCGGGAUAAAAUGGCAGGUAGUAGAGUUGUCCUAAUAGUGUGCUAACUGGGGUGACUGAAUCUCCAAAGUCCAAGCAGAGGGAUCAGUAUGUGAGAUGAAAGUAUACAAACCACUGUGAAGCUGGGAGCAGAAUUAUUUCUGCUGUCCGAAGGCCAUGGGUGAACCUCGGUCGUUGAAACUCCCCUAUAAUCUCACUAUGUGUCUCUCGCUGCUUCAUGUCUGGAAUAAGUCAAAUUUUAAGUAUUCUUCCAUAAAAAUAAUAUUUUUGGUAAUUUAAA